CCAAAAUCGGACCGUUUUUUUAAUGAGGUUUUCUCGUUAUCCGUCUUUUGAUUCAUACAACAAAAACGGAAAAACGUUUAUUACUUUAUUGUUAUUUUAUGUAAACAAGAAAAACAUGUCUUUCUUAUGUGUGCAAGUAAGGGAUUGUGUCGCAAGUGCAGACUUGCCUCAGGUGACGUUCAUGUUCAAUGAGGGUGCGUUCAAUGUUUAUUUUUUUUCAUGGAUGAUCCUGGUACCUCUAUGAGAAAGCAGGAUGAAUGCUUUUUUUGCAGAUUGAACCUAUUUUUUGCUGAAUCAGAUAUGGACAAAUCCAAUACAGUUUAAAUCACAAAAAAGCUGUUUUCUGUCUUAUUAUACUAUGCUGAUGCAAAAGCAAUAGUACAAAUCUACACAUUUUUAUCAUCAUUAUAAACCAAUAUCAUUAAUAAACUUCCAUGUCAUGAUAGGCUAUUUCAAUGGACUACACGCAAGUCAAAGAACAUUUCACUUAGCACUUUUAUUAUGACUGCCAUUUAGUCGCUUUUUGACUUUAAGAUGCAAUUUUUUCAUGUAUUAUGUAUUUAUGUUGUGCUGUGUAUGGUGAGUGCUGUUUUACUAGUGCCAAAGACAAAGGAUCAUCUCAUGUUGUAGAAAUCUGAAUCUGAAGGGCGUGGCUCAGGCUAAAAUAUAGGCCUCCUCCAGGAAAAUAAUGAUGUUUGGGACGAUCUUGAAAGAAAUCCUAAAGAAAUGUAAUGUUGUAAAACGUAUUUUUUCUUUCAGCUUUAUGUCUGUAAUUUAGUUGGAUAAGAGUGAAAUAUUUAUCCUUUGUUUGUUUCAUUUAUGGGCCUCAGCAUGUCUGCACUCAUCCUAAAUACAAGUGGGAGAUUUCGACAUUUAGUUUGAAAGCAAAUAUGUAUGGAACAGUUCUCAAUGAAAACCUCAACAAAGUCAAUUUGGGGGUAAAAUGGGCGGAGAGGACAGUUCAGAAGUUGUUUAUGGAAAUGUUUUUAAAAAAAUCAAAGUAUUUGUUUAUAAUUCAUUCAUUUGUGUGAUAUUGUGAUAAAAGACACACUAAGCAAAGGAUAAAGGAUGAAUCAGGGCUGUUGCUGCAGUAAAAGUAAAUAGUUUACAGGUCAGCUGCUUCAACAGGUUGAUGUAGUUCAGAGCUCACCAACCUCACUGUUUAUUGGUGUGCACUCAUGUGUCAGUCACAAGGUUAGAAACAAAGUUCACCUAAUGUUCUCUCAGCCCGUCACAAACAUUCAGGAUGCUGAAAACAACAGACAUGCUUCUUCUCCUCUUCUGUCUUGUCGGGACAUCGGAUUCCCUGUACAAACAGUGGAUUCCUGACACCAACUAUGAGAACAAGACCAACUGGGACAAAGAAUCUGUUCCAUGUGGCAACGACAUAGUUCAGUUUCCAGUCCAGAGAAAAGUGUCCGUGUUUGUGGAGACCACACAUGCUGUGCAGGAGAUGAGGCUGCCAGUGGAUGGAGAGUUCAUCCUGAAUUCAGGAGCUGGAUUUUAUGUUGUGAGUGGACAGGAUCCGGGCUGCGGAGCGGGUGUUAUGACAAAGUUCAAAGAUUCUGAGUCUCUUCAAUGGUUAAACCCAGCUCUGUGGCAGGAGUCUGCAACCCUGGAUGACCUGCAGCGUGGAAACUUCUUGUUCUCAGUCCACGAGGAGAGUGUCCCUUGCCAGUACGACGAUGUGGUUUUUAAAGCCAGCUCUUCAUUCAGGGUGGACACCAGCACCAGUCAGUCUUCUGUUCCUGUCAAAUCUGUGUCUGUGCUGGGGAAGAAGUAUGAAAGCACCUCUGAGUUCACCCAAUAUCUCAGCUCACGUUCAGGCCGGCUGCAGUUUCACGGGUCCUCUGCUGUCACUGUUGGGAACCAAGAGUGUGGAGAUCCUUCUGGCUGCUCCUGUGGGAAUUCUGUAAACCAUAAGCGUAUCUGUAGCACUGUUCAAUGUGCCUCUCUGGGCUGUAAGAAGCCUCUCCUCCCUGUCGGACACUGCUGUGAAGUUUGUGGUGCCAUUGUCACAAUCCAUUCUGCCACUGGUUUCAACCUGCAAACUUACAGGCAACGAAUCCAUCACCUAUUUCUAGUUUUGCCAAAAUACAAAUCCAUUCAGCUGGGCAUGUCUAAAAUCUUCAAGUCACAGCAGUUGAUGGGGAUCGUCCCUUUUGGUACCUCACCUGAGAUCCAGGUGGUUAUUGUGGAUGAAGAGAAGGGAACACAGUCAGAGGGUCUGGCCAGGGACAUAUUGAAGGAUGCACGCUCUCAUGGCUCAAGCCUGGGUAUCACUGAGGCUGAAUUUCAAGCCUCCUCCGGGAACAGCAGCGAUCAGACUGGAGGCAAUGCUGGGAUGGUGGUUGGAACUGUGUUUGGAGUUUUGAUUGGGAUUUCAAUCAUAAUCACUUUGGUCUUUCUGAUUCGUAGAGGGGUUAUCCAAAUGCCAUCAUCGCUGCCAUCGCUGCCAUCCCUGCCAUCUCUGAGCAGCUUUAGGAGAAGCAGAGAUGAGGAAGACCUCAAUGGGCCUAUUGAUCACGGUUAUGAUAAUCCAAUUUUUGACAAGUCAAACUUGAUGCCUGACGUUCCUGGACUGUAUGCGACUGAAACAAAGAAUUCAAUCUCCAUGACUCAGUCAGGUGUGCACUUUGUAAAUCCGGUUUAUGAUGAUAAUGAAACAGAUUUUAAUGCCUGAAGGUGAACAAGUCAACUUUUAAGAUGUCAAUGAUUUAAAAAAACGACUUAAU